CACUACAAUCUCCGAUGUUGACUCCAUCUCCUCGUCGCCAGUAAACAUCGGCUACACUGGUGAUGUCUCCACACGUGACUGGAGCAGUACAGGCACGGAAUCCAGAUGUAUAAAGCUACCAAUGGCUAAUCACAUCACCUCUGUCCUCACGACCCUGACACGUUCACCUGUCACACGUCACACAGCUUUGUAUCACGUGACGUUGUUUCUUCUGAUACACGGCCUUCGUGAAGCUACAGGACUCCGAAUAAUCAACUGUAACAACAACAAGGUAGAAAUAUUUGAAGACUCACCUGCUUCAGUCACGUGUGUAGAUAUCACCAGUACAAUCGAUAUUACCUGGCUACGAGGAGAUGGAGUAAUUAUCGGAGAGUGUAGUGCUGCCGGUAGCUGCACCAAUAACUUAUACAACGACUACAGACUCAACAGGUCACCGCAGUCCACGGAGAGUCAGCUGACCCUUGUCCCUGAUUACCGACGUCACGCGGGUCUCACGGUCACGUGUCUGGAGAGAGGGACUGGCUCCACAGCCUCCUGUACUCUCGUCAUCAAAAGUCACUCUGUGCUCAGUGAGUGUCACGUGACCACCAACCCUGUGGACGGGACUGUGUCAGGUUCAUGUCGUGUACAACAAGCUUUCUCCUCUGAUAACAUCUACACCUGUACAUGGACUAGGAACACAGGGCAGCAGACAUUUGGAGGGUUUGAUGCCAGUCGUGAGCUGUGUUCGUUCACACAAGGUCUGCCACAAGCCGGGGGACUGUACACCUACAGCAUUUCUGUGUCUCCUCCUGCUACUACAGCCUUUGAUAAGGAACUCACACUAGUGGAACCCGGUGACGUAAAAACCACGUGUCCACACUCGGUGGUGAGAGGAGGAGACCUGUCCUGUACAUGUCAGACGACAAACACCGCCAGUCCUCCAGCCACAGUGAGAUGGGAGGGACGAGACAGUGAGAAGCUGGUGAAGACUAACGUACAGCGGGAGGACAACGGCACACAGUUCACGUGUCACGUGACAUGGGCUGGGCGUGUCUACACCUCCUUCGCCUACACUCUGCUGGUCAUAUGUGUGGAGGGCCCCAGUGAUGUCGUCAUUAGCGAGACACAUCAUCCAGGUAGCAAUGGUUCAACCGUCUUGAUUUUAUCGUGUAACACAAUAGGUGAUGUGUACCCGGGUGUGACCUUUACCUGGAGUCCAGGUGUUUGUCAGAAUGAAACACACGCCGCCAGUAGCAGCACGUGCACCGUUGUUCUAGACGUCAAGGAUGACGGGACAAUUGUGACGUGCACGGCUAUAAAUAGCAUCGACAGCCGGGUAUCCGUCUCGACAUCGGUGACACUGCGGAUAAAUGGUUCGGAGAUUAUCGGUGUCAUGGAUCCAUCAACAGACUUCACAUCAGUGACGACACCAACACACGUGAUCAUCGGCGUUGUUGUUGCUGUUGGUGGCAUCGCUGUCAUCGUCGCUGUGGCUGUUAUUUUAAUCAGAAAACGAAAAUGCAGAUUACAGAAAACACCAGCUGAUUCAGUGCAGCUUCCGCUGGGUAGCAACGAAGUUUUCACAAACCUACACAUGGAUGACAGUCACCUUGCUCACGACCACAGCUACACCAACCUCUGUAUCACAGAAGUCAGCCCCACUGCACAGCCUCAAGGUGCGAGUGGAGGAAACGUUCAGACAGAGAUGUAUGAGAACACACAGACACUGCCAGACCGGACAUACGACACAACCUGCAGGCAGCAUGAAGAACACAAAUACUCUGACCUCAAGGGGAUCAUGAAGGUUCAAAGUAAGGUCAAGGUUACAGCAAGAGACCCACGUGACACCGAGGGAAGGGAUAAAGACGUGUACUAUAAUGUUUAAUAUUGAGCAAUGAGCUUCCAUUAGAAAUAAAACUGUACUCAAC